CACUGGGGCGCCUUGCCCUACGUGUGGGAAAGGACAGUUCGGGGGUGGAGGGCUCUGCUCUGUAGGACCCGGGGAAACGGGGACUCUGUGCCUGGGGCAGGGAGCCUCGCUCCGUUGAAAUGGCGAGGAAGCUGGGGCUCCAUGGCAGAUGGCCCAGAGGCUGGUGCUCCAGCGACUGCUGUCCCUCACCCCCAGGACACUACCCCCGCAGAGCUCUCUGGCACCGUGUGUGCCCCCGGCACCUCACAGUAGGGCCUUCAGCACCUCAGCAGCUUGCAGGAGCACCUUCAACGUGCAAGAUGGCAACGACUUCCAGGACCGGGUGGUGAACAACCCCAAACCUGUUGUGGUGGACUUUCACGCACAGUGGUGUGGCCCCUGCAAGAUCCUGGGCCCCAGGUUAGAGAAGAUGGUAGCCAGGCAUGAUGGGAAGGUGCUAAUGGCCAAAGUGGACAUUGACGAUCACACAGACCUUGCUAUUGAGUACGAGGUGUCAGCAGUGCCAACUGUGCUGGCUAUGAAGAACGGAGAUGUUGUGGAUAAGUUUGUGGGCAUAAAGGAUGAGGAUCAGCUGGAGGCAUUCCUCAAGAAACUUAUUGGAGCCUGAAGUAAAAAGGUGGCAGUACCUCUGCCUCUGGACACAUCCACGUUGUGCAUUCCUUGCCUGGGAGAGCUGAGGCACCUUCUACAACCUAGGAUUUUCUUUCUGGUUUGGGAUUUUUAGGAGAUGGACAGUGUUGUAACCCUUCCCUCCCACUCCCACUUCUCUUGAGCAGCAGUAGUUGUAAAGGGCAUUGAGGAGCAGGGCUGCUUUAUUUUCAAAAGGGGGAAUGCAGCUGGAUUACACCAGCCUGUGUUUAUCAGCAGAGAGAUGAUGUGCAGAGCUGCUGCUGCUGAGUUUAGAGGAGUGUUUUUGCCUAGCAUCUGAUAGCCCAGAGCAGAGGGCAGCUGCUUCCUGCAAGAUGUGGGUACAUACCUGCCCUGGGUGGGUUUGUUUAAAGCUGAGUAUGCCUCUGCCUUGUCUGUUAAACCUGUCUUUGUUCCUCUGUCCUUGUGUUGCUGGACAAGUACAACUCCUCCACAAAUCCCUGGGCUCCCAUCAUAAUUUUAUGAGAUAAAAUAGAAGUAUUUUAUGGAUCUCCUUUUGUAGUCCUGUAGUAAAGAGAACUUUAUUGGUCACUACUGUCUAGCUGGAGAAUAAAACUUGGUUCUCAGAAAA